UUGGAAACAGUAAACUGACAGUAUGGAGCUGAACGCCUGUUUCCCUUGCCCGCUGCAAGCCGCUGGGAUUCUGACAGGAUAUAUAAAGAAGAAGAGAGACACAAUUCAGGAACUUGUUAAGAAAUCUAAAGAAAAGAUAUGCGUGUACUCUGAAGCUGUGUCUCUUUUGGAAAUGGAUUGGACAAAAAACAUGGCCAACCAUAGCCAGCCACGGUCGCCGACCACAAGCGAUAUUAACCUGGGACCCUCGGCCAAUCCCAAUGCCAAACCUACAGACUUUGACUUCUUGACAGUUAUUGGAAAAGGGAGUUACGGAAAAGUGCUGCUUGCGAAACGCAAAUCGGACGGCAAGUUUUAUGCUGUGAAAGUCCUGCAGAAGAAAACAGUCCUAAAAAAGAAAGAGCAAAAGAACAUAAUGGCUGAGCGCAAUGUGCUGCUGAAGAGCCUGAAGCACCCUUUCCUGGUAGGGCUACACUACUCCUUCCAGACCCCGGAGAAGCUCUACUUUGUCCUGGACUAUGUAAAUGGAGGAGAGCUGUUCUUUCACCUGCAGAGGGAACGAUGUUUCCUGGAGCCCCGAGCGCGAUUCUACGCAGCAGAGCUCGCCAGCGCUAUAGGCUACCUGCACUCCCUCAAUGUUGUCUACAGAGACCUGAAGCCGGAGAACAUACUGCUGGAUUCUCAGGGCCAUAUUGUGCUGACUGAUUUCGGCCUCUGUAAAGAAGGAAUAGACCCUGAAGCCACCACCUCCACUUUCUGUGGCACUCCGGAGUAUCUGGCCCCAGAAGUGCUGAAGAAGCAGCCCUACGAUCGCACAGUGGACUGGUGGUGUCUGGGAGCUGUGCUCUACGAGAUGCUGUAUGGGCUGCCCCCGUUCUACAGUCGUGACGUUGCGGAGAUGUACGACAACAUCCUACACAAAAAGCUGGAGCUCCUGGGGGGCAAGACCGUGGCGGCCUGUGACAUCUUGAGGGGGCUCCUGCAGAAGGACCAGCGCCACCGCUUGGGGGCCACCGCGGACUUUUUGGAGAUUAAAAGCCAUGUGUUUUUCUCGCCUAUAAACUGGGACGACCUGUAUCACAAGAGGAUCACUCCACCAUACAACCCCAAUGUGAAUGGUCCAGCAGACCUCCGACACUGUGAUCCCGAGUUUACCAAUGAGGUGGUGCCGAAUUCCUUGGGGCGCACACCUGAUCUGACCUCGGGCUUGUCCUCCAGCAUCUCCAAUGCCUUCAAGGGCUUCUCCUACGCCCCCAGUGACGACGCCUUCCCUCUCUAAAACCAGAGCUCAGACUCUCUUCCAAUUUAACACCCCAAAGGCAGGCUAAUAAUUCUACAAGAAACUGCGUGGGGGAGAGGGCACUGAGCUGGAGGGGUUUUUUGGGAUCAUGGUUUUAUAAGGGACUCUCAUUCCUGUUCUGUAUUUAUAACUUUGCAUAAUAGAACAUGAAGGGAUUACUGUAAAUAUGUGAUCGUAAACAUCAGACAGCAGAUUUUGAUGGCUGAAAUGUUGAAUACAGUGCUUGUGAUAUGUUCUGGA